AUGGUCUCCAAGAAGGACUAUGAUUGCUUUAAUCUGGUCUGGUUUUUCUCCUCUCUCCCUCCUCGUUCUAGUAACCAUCUCGCUCUUGGAUGUGUUGUGAUUCUUUGUUGGCAGUAUUAUAUAAGGAGAGGGACUUGCAAAUUUGGCUAUAAGUUUCACCAUCUUAAGCAGGGAGGAAGCUCUGUUGCCCUGCAAAUUUGGCAUGAGAAUCUUGGCUAUGGAAUGACUCUUAGGGAUGAAAUUGAUGGUUGCUGCGAUGGGGUUGGAUCCCUCAAAGCACAUAGGCAAAGAAAUUACAUCCUUGCUUGCAGGUUAUAUGGGAGUAGUGGAUGUGGCGAAGAAGGGAAAUAUGAAACAUUGACUCUGAAUUGCCUUCUCUUUGUUAUGUUACACUCUAGAAAUCACAAUGUCUCACAAGAUGUCAAGCCAACGCCCCCAGUAUCGAUAUCUACUUUAGAUAUGUGGUUCGUUUCUAUUUGUGACUUGAAGACAUAUGAAGUGACCAAGGGGCUUGUGUUUGCAGUUAUUUAA